UUCUCCAUCAUCAUGAUCCGUUCGGACAAGGACAAGGAGAUCCACAUCAGAUACAGCAUCACGGGUGUGGGCGCCGACCAGCCGCCCAUGGAGGUGUUCAGCAUCGACCCCGUGUCGGGCAGGAUGUACGUGACCCGGCCCAUGGACCGAGAAGAACGGGCUUCCUACCACCUCCGAGCUCACGCAGUGGAUAUGAAUGGGAACAAGGUGGAGAAUCCUAUUGACCUUUACAUCUAUGUGAUUGAUAUGAAUGACAACAGGCCGGAGUUUAUCAACCAGGUCUAUAAUGGAUCUGUUGAUGAAGGCUCUAAACCAGGAACCUAUGUGAUGACGGUGACAGCGAACGACGCAGACGACAGUACCACGGCCAAUGGGAUGGUGAGGUACCGAAUAGUGACUCAGACCCCGCAAAGCCCCUCGCAGAAUAUGUUCACCAUUAACAGCGAGACUGGAGACAUUGUCACGGUGGCCGCAGGACUGGACAGAGAGAAAGUCCAGCAGUAUAUAGUGAUCGUUCAAGCCACGGAUAUGGAAGGCAAUCUUAACUAUGGUCUCUCGAACACGGCCACUGCGAUCAUCACGGUGACGGACGUGAAUGACAACCCGCCCGAAUUCACCACGAGCACCUAUUCGGGGGAAGUUCCUGAGAACAGAGUGGAAGUUGUGGUCGCAAAUCUGACGGUGAUGGACCGGGACCAGCCGCACUCGCCCAACUGGAACGCCAUCUACCGCAUCAUCAGCGGGGACCCCUCUGGCCACUUCACCGUUCGGACGGACCCCGUCACCAAUGAAGGCAUGGUGACUGUCGUGAAGGCAGUCGAUUAUGAGAUGAACAGAGCUUUCAUGCUGACAGUGAUGGUAUCAAACCAGGCUCCACUGGCGAGCGGGAUCCAGAUGUCCUUCCAGUCUACGGCAGGAGUCACCAUUUCCGUUAUGGAUGUCAACGAAGCACCGUAUUUCCCAACCAACCACAAGUUAAUCAGGCUGGAGGAAGGGGUGCCCACAGGGACGGUCCUGACAACGUUUUCAGCUGUGGAUCCUGAUCGCUUCAUGCAGCAAGCAGUAAGAUACUCUAAGCUGUCAGAUCCUGCAAACUGGCUGAACAUUAAUGCCACAAAUGGUCAGAUCACUACUGCUGCUGUCCUUGAUCGAGAGUCAGACUACAUUAAGAAUAAUGUCUACGAGGCCACAUUCUUGGCGGCUGACAACGGGAUCCCCCCGGCGAGCGGCACCGGCACGCUGCAGAUCUACCUAAUCGACAUCAACGACAACGCUCCAGAGCUCCUGCCAAAGGAGGCACAGAUCUGUGAAAAGCCAAACCUGAAUGUCAUCAACAUAACCGCGGCGGACGCUGACAUCGAUCCAAACGUCGGGCCCUUCGUCUUCGAGCUGCCAAGCGUGCCAUCUGCGGUGAGGAAGAACUGGACCAUAACACGGCUAAAUGGCGAUUAUGCCCAGCUUAGCUUGCGAAUCAUGUACCUGGAAGCUGGCGUGUAUGACGUCCCCAUCAUCGUGACGGACUCAGGAAACCCUCCCCUGUAUAACACAUCCAUAAUUAAAGUGAAGGUGUGCCCGUGUGACGAGAACGGAGACUGCACCACCAUCGGGGCGGUAGCCGCAGCCGGACUGGGCACGGGUGCCAUCAUAGCCAUCUUGAUCUGCAUCAUUAUCUUACUCACCAUGGUCCUGCUCUUUGUGGUGUGGAUGAAGAGGCGGGAGAAGGAGCGCCACACCAAGCAGCUCCUCAUCGACCCCGAGGACGACGUCCGCGACAACAUCCUCAAGUACGACGAGGAGGGCGGCGGAGAGGAGGACCAGGAUUACGAUUUAAGCCAACUUCAGCAGCCAGAGACCAUGGAUCACGUGCUGAACAAGGCGCCCGGUGUCAGAAGGGUGGAUGAGAGACCUAUUGGUGCUGAACCACAGUAUCCUAUAAGACCAGUAAUCCCCCAUCCUGGGGAUAUUGGUGACUUUAUUAACGAGGGCCUGCGGGCAGCCGACAACGACCCCACGGCGCCGCCGUACGACUCCCUGCUCGUGUUCGACUACGAGGGCAGCGGCUCCACCGCCGGCUCCGUCAGCUCCCUCAACUCCUCCAGCUCCGGCGACCAGGACUACGACUACCUGAACGACUGGGGGCCCCGCUUCAAGAAGCUGGCGGACAUGUACGGCGGCGGCGAGGAGGACUAGGCUGACCUCG